UUCGCUUACCCAACUUAGACUUACAUCCUUCCUCCUCCUGCUCUCUUCUCAACGACCACACCAUCAUGUCCGACGAUGAAUCUCACAAUCAGACCUUCGAGCAGGCCAGCGCCGGCGCGUCUUUGACGUUCCCGAUGCAAUGCUCUGCUCUGCGCAAGAACGGUCACGUCGUUAUCAAAGGUCGUCCCUGCAAGAUCGUUGACAUGUCUACCUCUAAGACCGGCAAGCAUGGACACGCCAAAGUCCACCUCGUCGCCAUCGACAUCUUCACUGGUAAAAAGCUGGAAGAUAUCUCCCCUUCCACCCACAACAUGGAUGUUCCCAACGUUUCUCGUAACGAGUACCAGCUCGUCAACAUCGACGAUGGCUUCCUCAACUUGAUGACUCAAGACGGCACUGCCAAGGACGACGUUCGCGUCCCCGAGGGUGACAUCGGCAACCAGAUCCAGAGCGAAUUCGAUAGCGGCAAGGACCUCCUUGUUACCAUCGUCAGCGCUAUGGGUGAAGAGCAGGCCAUUUCCUUCAAAGACGCCCCCAAGGCGUAAACGGAAGGGACUGUUUAUACACAUACAUAUAUAUUAUCGCUUUCGCAUCCAUCGCCAUCGCCAUGUAUUCCCAAACCCCCAUUCCUACAUCCCGAACGUACCUACCCAUAUACUCCGCAUACUCUUCCACCCGCACACCCACUGUUCUUUCGCUCGCGCCUUUCUCAUUUCCAGCAUCUGUGUGAAUAGGUAGUUGAAGCUGUAACCACAAUAUACUGAAUCUCGUAGGAGGCAAGCUCAUGCAAGCGCUACACUUGUACUGAUUCCAUCCUGCACCCGUUCUCCGUAUCUGAGCUCUUACAAGAUAUGUGGUCCUCCCCCUUGCGAAGAGUCAUGGGUAGCCAUGAACAGCGAGGGGAAGUAUUUUUUCCAUCGCUCAUAGUGGCGGUGCGCCUAUUCAACACCUACCUUCUACCACCAUGUCACUGUAGAUCCAUGAGCACAGUCUUUCCCUCACACUCUACUACAUUGAUCAUGAUUCCUCGAAUAACACACAAGACCUAAAUCUCGAAGCAAACAUGUUCGGAGAAUCUGAUUCGGAAAGCCCGCGCGUUCCCAGUCCCUGGGACACCAUUAUCUCAACUCCACCAUCGCCCUCGCCCAGUCCACUAAACAUCCCGCGACUCGUACCAGAGUCUGACGAGGGUAAUAUCGAGUACAAGCUCCAGCUCCUUGACCCAUCACCUGCACGGUUCGCGCGCCUCGUCACACAAAUGAAGUGGCGUCUUCUCGAGGGCGGCGGACAGGCCUACUAUGAGCUGGGCGUGGCAGACUCAGGCAUGCUCGUUGGUUUGCCGCGGAAUGAGCUCGAGCAGAGUUUGGAAACGCUGGAGAUGAUGGCUGGGGAAAUAGGCGCCAGUGUCAUUGUUGUGAAAGAGAUCGAAGUUCCCGCCGCCAUUGCUGGCUACGUGUCGGCUCAGUCAAACUCGCUCAAUGGGAAGCGUUUGCAAAAACGGCCAGGCUUGCUGAUGAGUUCUGAGGACGAUUCGAAUACUACGACAGCAACCGACUUCUCAGUCACGGACGCUGAAGAAUUUGAAGGGAUGGGAAUGUUUUCGAUGGACGAUGUUGAGGAUGAGGACGCCUUAGUCGCGGUUCCUCCAAUACGGUUUUCUGUGGACCUGGAAAUCGCUUCUGUCUUCAAACCGCGUCCAAUGCGUGCUCGAGCGCAUGUGCAGCCUGAGAUGCCUCUUUCCUCCCCAAAAAAGACCAAGCGCACGAAAGGAAAGAAGGGCCCACAUCUUCCGGAUCAGCUCAAUUCCUUCGCGAAGGCUGUCGCUGCCGAAUUGAAUGCCAGUAGACCGGAAGACCAGCAAUUCCCUAACAAGGCGCAUAGUCGACGUGUUGCGCGUGAUCGUCGACGCGAGGAACGGAAGAAAGCUUUGAUGCAGUAUGAACAAGCUGAUGUAUCCCACUCACUGGUGUCAAGUCUUGGAGCUUUACAGAUCACAAUGGACCCUGCAACAGCUGAAACCAAUUCACACGAGCAGACUAUCGCUCCAGAUUUUGACACCUCUCUUCCGACAGUCGAAGUCACCACUACUGAUGAAGCUGUCCCCAAAGCCGAGCUAGUCGCGGACAACUACGACGAUGACGAUGACGACGUUUUCCCGUCUCCUGUAGUCGCAACCCCGGGCGUUUUCACUUCCUUGGCCUCCUCCACGCUCGCUGUGCCUGUCACUCCGAACGAUUCAAACAUAGAUUCCACCCAGGUACGAUUGAUAGUGGAAGCACUCGUCGUCCGCAAGAUGUCCAUCGAAGAGGCUUUCUUGGAUUUCGGAGGGUUUUCGCCGAUGUGAAUUCAUAGCGGACCUCCACGAACUGCCUUGUUACAUAGGUCUCAUAUGUAUACACAUCAGAUCGUAUCCUGAUUCUCCUUCUCUCGUUUCUGUAUCCUGGUAGUUGGCUGAUCCCGGACUUGUUGGGUAGACAAUUAGAUGAGGUGUUUAUUUGAAAUGCUCAGUGAACAGACUCAAAGAUCCCAAGCGAAGAGAGAUCUAGUUUCUUCCGAGGACUCACAGAUGAGUCAGUGCUGGGUCGC